UGUAGCCCCUGAGCUUUCGGUAUCAAAGGAGAAAGUCGAGGUAAUACCGGAACUACCAACGAAGGGCGAUACUUGGAUUUUCUGUCCUUUUAGGGAUGGCCACCGCGCCGCAGCAUUCACUUCAAAUGAGUUCGACCGAUCUCAUAAAAAAAGAACCCCUGGACUACGGAGGAUUUGGAGAUGUUUACCUGUGCUACCAUGUAACCCUCGGCCAGGUGGUGUUGAAGACUCUGUAUACGGGCUCUAUUCGCAACGAGGAGUGUAAAAGGUCAUUGCUGAUGGAGGGGAACAUCAUGGCAAGUCUGAACCAUGAGCGAGUGGUCAAGUUGCUGGGGGUGAUCAUGGAGGACAGAGACUGCUCACUAGUCAUGGAACUCAUCCCCAGAGGCAACCUCUUGGUCAUGCUAAAAACGGUGUCUGUGCCAGUAUCCAUCAAGGGCAGAAUCAUUUUAGAGAUUUUGGAAGGGAUGGUGUACCUCACAGAGAAAAAUGUCAUACAUAAGGACAUUAAGCCAGAAAACAUUUUAGUGGACAAGGAUUUUCACAUCAAGAUUGCAGACCUAGGCCUGGCCACCUACAAGACAUGGAGCAAACUCACAAAAGAGGAGUCUCGCAGGAAGAGUCGUAUAGGCCAGUCUGGUGGGGCAAGGGGUGCCGGUACACUGAGCUACAUGGCUCCUGAGCACCUGGAGAGUAUACAUACAGCCUCCACUGAGAAGUCUGAUGUCUACAGCUUUGCCAUCGUGGUUUGGGUCAUUCUCACAGGGGAAGAACCAUACGCAAAUGCCAGGAGUGAAGACCAGAUCAGCCAGUGUGUUCGUAAUGGUGACCGGCCAGCAGAGAACCUUAUUCCAGACGAUACACCUGAAGAAAUAAUUCAGCUGAUGAGGAGAUGCUGGAGUCAGAAUCCGCAAAAACGACCAACAUUUAAGGAGGGCUACAACUCAUUCCUUCCUUUCUAUGUGGAAAAGCUUGAACCACACGUAGAGGAAGAUUUACGUCAUCUGAGGAAAUCAUAUGAAGGCCCAGAUGAACUUGUUGAGAAGAUGAGAUCUUUGUCAUUGACCUAUGAAUGUUUUGCAGAUUGCCCAGCUCCUUUGGUGAGUUCAGACAGAAAUGUAUCUGUGCCAGUCGAAGCCAGUAUUGAGGACAUGCAUGACAUCCAAUGUGAGCCAUUGUUGGAGUCCAUUCAGACAGAUGCCAAGGUAGUUAACAGCCCUCCAGCUUUGGAUGAGAAACUGCAUCGGGAACUUGAGUACCACAAAUAUGGUAGCUAUAACUGCGAGAACCAGGUUGACCCUACCAACCGCUACCAUCACAGCAACACAAAUCCUUUCCUGCAAAACCAUUCCAGUGCUUCAGAUCAUACUGUAAGGCAACCAGAACCAGACAAACCUGCUGUAUCCUCUGUCCAAUCCUGGGCUAAACCUGAGCCAGCGCAGUCCACCAGCCAGGAUGAGGGGUGGAAUCGCCCUUAUACUGGUCUCUAUGAGUCCAUGAACUCUUCCUUAUCUAUGCCAGCCCAUUUUUCAAUGUCUGCCAGCACUCCUUCACUUCCACAGUUUACCCAGCUACAUCCACAUUCCCACUAUGACCGUCAGCAGUCUUGGCCAGUUUACCCAGUGUCUGACACAUCUGCUCCUGACAUUGCUCCUGGGCAUCUCAUGAGCACUUCCAAGAGCAGCUUGUCACAAGAUCCAGCAUCUGUUUUCAUUCAGAAUGCCAGAGGGAUCCAGAUUGGAAGCAACAACACACUGACUAUCAGAGCUUACGAGUCGGCCCAGAGUUCACUAUCCACAUCUGCUAACAGCUUGGCUAGCUAUCUCAUCAAAGAUGGCAUUCAGAAAUAUGAGGACCAUUCUGUGACUGAGCAGCACCUGGAUCUGGUGAGGGACAACAUUGGGACCAAAUGGAAGCGCUGUGCACGGGCCCUGGGUCUGACCCCUGUGGAAAUACAGACCAUAGAGCACGACUGCUACCGUGACGGCCUGCCAGAGAUGGUGCAUCAAAUGCUGGAGCAGUGGAAAAUGAAGGAGGGAAGUAUUGGCUGUACCAUCGGGAAGCUUUGUCGAGCUCUGUCAGGAAAUACAAAGGUAGAUGUCAUCCAGAAAAUACUGGACAGCUGCGGUUCUUCUCCCUCGAUCUCAUAAACCUUUUCAUCUGAUUUGCCUCAUUUCUUCUAAAUGACUUUCUAACGCUGGUGGCCGUGUUUUCUGAAAGGGCUCAAUUCAACCAAAAUUGCAAAAACAAAAAAAGGAUAUGUUUUGGUUUUAUGUGCCAUAUGGUUUUGAGAUGUUGUCCCAGUCUCCCAUAUAAUACAGUAGAAGUGAAUGCUUUCAUAAGGAAAUGGUCUGUGGUAGGUGAUUGAACAUUGUCUGGGAAUCUCUCACUUUGCUAAAAUGAUAACUUGGACUUGACUAUUUCAAGUUCAAAAGCUCAAACUUUCUCAUCAAGUUACUUUAAGACUUUCAAUACAAAGCUUAUUUUUAUGAGCAGAAGAGAUUAUCAGGGGUCAGGGUUCAGUUUUUUUUUUCCAUAAUUUUCAAAAUCAUUGUUCAUUUUGUAAUUUGCUAUGAAGUAAAACUACCCUAAAUAACUGUUUUUGCUGAUUCAAAUUCAAAGUCAAAGUAAGAAUUACUACAAAAGUAAAUAUUUUUACUUUGUCAGCUGUUUUUCUGAAAUUGUAUUCAAUUUUAUGGUAUUAUGGAACACAUAAUGUAGCUUUAAAAGAAUAAUGAAACCAUAAUCAGGCACAAUCAAAUGAUGUGUGGUAAACAUUUAUUCAAGCCAAACACAAACAUAAUGACUUAUUCACAGAACAGCUAAAGUCUAUUAGUCUGAAAGAGGAUGAAAACAUUAGUCAUAGGAAGAAAAUGAAAUGCAGAUUGUACAAAUGGCUAAAAGUUUUACAGUGCACUGUUCCAGUAAUGUGUGUAUUAUUGUAAUACACAGUUACAAUACAUGUGUCCAGUAGGGGUCGGUAGAUGAAGGAUUCAUGAGUAAGUCAGACUCCUUUCCUUUAAUUUGAGUGUAGAUUAUGUACUGCCAUGAAUGUCAUUUCCCCAAAAUGAUGGAAAAAGUAUGUUUGAAUUAGCUGCUUUUUUUAUGAUUUUCAGUUUGCGGGCUUGUCCUGUACAAUUAUCACAUUUUCUUACAGCUAAUGACUUGCUGUAAUGUUCUGUACCAAGUAUUUUUGGAUUACAAGCUACUUUUCUCACCAUCCAAGAAUUAUAUUAUCUUGGAGAUGGGUUAGUGUCUUUUUCUGUUUCAUUGCAAAUGUCAGUGACUUUGUGUAUUGGUCCUCGCAGUCUUGAGUUCUUGAUGGAGUUCACCAAACAGUUAGUAGACUGAUAUGCAGCAUUUCAAAAAAGUAAACGCUCCAUUCUCCAUCCAUAUUUCCUUUUUAUAUACCUUACCAAACAUGAAUUUACUGGAAAGCAAUUUUUACAUUUUGAAUAAACUGUGUUUACACUU